AUGUACUUCUUCUUUGAAUUUAAUAAAAUUAAUACAAAGUUUUAAUUUCAGAAAGAAAUCAAAUGCAGAGCUUAAGGAAGCUAUUUUAGAACAGAGAGGAAGUUGAAUUUUAAAUUUAUUUUAAAUAAAUAAAGUAUUCUUUUUAUGAUAUAAUAAGUAUAUGAGUAAAGAUAUAUUUCUUAUUAAAAUAUUAGCAGGGAAAUAAUAAUCUAUUACAAAUAUACAAAGCACUUAAAACUAAUGGAUAAUAAAAUGCCUUAACUAUUUCUAAUUCUGAAGAUUUUUAAAUUAAAGGAUAAGGAUAUUAAAUGGCUAAUAAAAAUCAGACAAUUAAUUAAUUUAACUAUGAGUAAACAAGCAUCACUCUAAAGAAGUAUUUAUUUGUCAUUUGUUUUAUCUAAUAGCCAGAUAAAAAGAAAUGAUUAAUGA